AUGCUAUAUGCCAUCGGUCAAUCAGUUAACGUUAACUGUUACCCACUUAAUCAAUUUUAUCGUUUUGGUUUGGCUGCUGGUGACAGUGAAUUACGCUCAAAUGAUGAUGGUUAUACAUCAAACAUUUCAACAACAGUACCAUUUCCUUUCUUUAGAUUGUCUUUUGAUUCUUUAUUUGUGAACAAUAACGAUGACGUUACAUUCCAAACUCCUUUAAGUCAAUAUUCUCCCGAGCCCUUCCCGAUCAAUGGUUCUCAUAGAAUUAUAGCACCAUUUUGGUGUGACAUUGAUAAAAACAAAGGAGGUCAUCUAUGGUAUCGUGCAACAACAGACUCGACAACAUUACAAAAGGGAACGAAUAAAAUACGUUCUCUCUUCCCAAGCCUUGCGACUUUUUCGGCAUCGUGGAUGUUGGUUGCCACAUGGGAGGAUGUGUCAUCUUACAGCUGUGAUUCAUCUGGCCCAAUUUACUGUAACCAGGGAAAUACGUUCCAGCUUCUUCUCAUCACUGACGGGGUCCAUUCUUUUGGUUUUAACUACAAUAAAAUAACAUGGACAGUCUCAUCACAGAUUUUCUUUAAUGCUGGUGAUGGAACCUUUUACUCGGUACCUGGAUCAAGAACAAACUCUGUGUUAAAUCUCCCUCAGAUGUCAAACAUUGGCGUCCCCGGAGAGUACGUAUUUAGGGUGGACCAAAAUAAAAUUUCUAAUGCAGACACUGUUGAUGAAUGUGCCAGUUCUCCUUGUGUUCAUGGAAAUUGUUCAAAUGAAUACCUUCAUUAUAAAUGCAGGUGUGAUCCUGGAUUCUCAGGAGUCAAUUGUGAAAAUGACAUAGAUGAGUGUUCUAGUUCUCUAUGUAUAUACGGAACAUACACCGACCAUUUCAAUGGCUUUGUAUGUAAUUGUUUGUCUGGGUAUUCCGGAACGCAUUGUGAAACUGAUGUCGACGAAUGUCAAAGUUCACCAUGUACCCAUGGUAACUGUACAGACCAUGUAAAUAGAUACACUUGUCAAUGUUAUUCAGGAUAUACAGGAAUAACUUGUGGAACAGAUAUAAACGAAUGUGCCAGUUCCCCUUGCAUACACGGUAAUUGUACUGACCAAGUCAAUGGAUACACAUGUCAGUGUAUGCCUGGAUAUUCUGGAGUCAUUUGUGAAACGGAUAAUGAUGAAUGCGCAAGAUCUCCAUGCGAACAUGGUGUCUGUACAGAUGGACUUAAUAGCUAUCUUUGUGACUGUGACACUGGGUACUAUGGAAGACAGUGCUCUAACUUUGAUGCAGUCUAUUUAUCACCCUUUCUGAUUGGUCUUUCACUGUGGUUUCUUGCAUUGCUUGCAUUACUGAUGUUAAAAAGGUUUAAGAGAGAAAACAACAAAGAAACCUUUUCUGAAACCUUCAGUUUCAAUGAUGCACUUCUAGGUCCUAGCAAAAAAUGCUACUGGAAGAGUCAAGUGCCAACUAGAUCAUUACUCUCAGCAGGACAGCUAGCAGCUGUCGGAGAAGGGCUGCAAAUUCAGACAUAUACUCGACCUUUAUAG